AUGGAGGGCACUGACGAAGCCAGGAACUUUCCUCUAGACCACCGUGCAACAGAUUGGAAUGGACCGGACGACCCCGACAAUCCGCGAAACUUUCCACUAGCCAGAAAGGCUUUGGGUAUUGCCAGUGUCACCCUGUUGGCAUUUGUGAGUGCCUUUUCAGGUGCAAUAUAUGCUCCAGCGCAGGAUGGAGUAACGGAAGCGAUGCACUGCAGCUCCGAGGUCGCAAUUCUACCCCUGGCUCUGUAUAAUUUGGGACUAGCUUUUGGGCCUAUUGUCGGAGCUCCCCUGUCCGAGACAUAUGGUCGUAAGGCUGUUUAUGUCGUGACAACUCCAAGUUUUGUGCUGUUCAUGGUGGGCGCAGCAGUUUCUAAGUCUAUCUCGGGCCUGAUUCUGUGUCGCUUCUUUGCGGCUGUCUUUGGGUCAUCCAACGUCAGCAAUGCCUCGGCGACUAUCUUGGACUAUACACAUGACACCAAUCGCGGCUCCGCCCUUGCAGUCUACUAUGCAAUACCGACGGUCGCGGCAACUGUAGCCCCACUUGUGGGUGGCUUUUUGAUGAUCCGGACGGAGGACUGGAGGUGGACACAAUGGGUGCCUAUCAUUCUGGCCGGGGUCUUUUACUGUUUUCUCCUCUUCACCAAGGAAACGUAUAAAGAGGUGAUUCUACGACGUCGGGGGGUCCGACUAGGCUUGUUGAGUGGUGCAUCACGCAACACCUUCGUUGGGGAAGGCGUUCGCUAUUUCUUUGUCGUCCUUUUUCUGCGCCCAAUGCACAUGCUGCUUACCGAACCGAUCGUGACCUUUGUUAGCCUCUACAACGGCCUUCUCUUCGGUAUUCUGUAUGCGUUUGUAAUCUCGAUCCCUUGGGUGUUUUCCAACUACUACGGGUUUGAUCGAACUGGCCAGGCCCUUUCGUACCUUGGUGUGACUCUGGGCACUCUCAUCGCCUGCCUCCCUCAAGUCCUGGUCGACAGGCUCUUCUUCCAAAAACGUUUGCGCACAUGGAAAGAAGUGCAUGGGUCAGGAUUGAGAAUGCCCCCCGAGGCUCGUCUAGUGUCAGCCUUAGGAGGCAGUUUCCUUCUCCCCGCGACGCUGCUGGUUCUGAGCUGGACGGCCAAUUUCCGGGUCCAUUGGAUCGUACCCCUGAUCUUCCAAGGUCUUUCAAUGUUUAGUUGCCUACUGGUCUAUUCUGGAGUCAACCUUUUCAUGUUGGAUACCUACGGGCCCCUUUAUGGGGCAUCCGCCUCCGGGGCGAUGAUGUUCAGCCGGUACAUUCUGAGCUGUGCGUUUCCAUUGUUCACCAUCCAGAUGUUUGAAGGUCUGGGGGUUGGUUGGGCAACCUCUCUCUUGGCCCUGUUGACUCUCCUGAUGGCCCCCAUCCCGUGGAUAUUUUGGAUCUACGGACCGCGGAUCAGGAAGGCGAGUAAAUAUGAGACCACAUCAUGA